UUCACGUGAGGAUGAAAUCAGACAUGCGAUUAUUUCGUUAAUGUUGUCAAUCUAUCCAAUCUUAGUCUAGCGCGACGUUGAGUAUUCAUCUUGCCAAUAGCAGUGUUGACUUUCUUUUUUUAAAUCAUUAAGUAAUCAGAAGUGCAAUCGGAUGAAAGGUUUCAAGAGCAUAACUAUGAAUAAUCAAAUCUUCAAAUGCAACUUGAAAUACAUUUUAUUAAACAUUAAGAACUAAUGUAAACUUUAGAUUGAAAUAAAUACAAACUUAAUCCUUUGACAUGGUAAUUAUGUGUGGUAGAGGAUGAAUCAAAAUGGCGACAAAUACGUAUCUGAAGGAAGGGGCUGUCACGGUAACGGAAUUAAAGAGCGGUAAUCGCAAAUUUCCAGUUAUUGUGCGAACAUUUGCGUCAGAUUAUGAGGUGCCAAACGAAGAAGACCUGCCUGAUGAUGAUGAUAUUCUACUUGAUAAACUUGAGCACCUUGAUAUAGCCCGUGUUCGAGUCUUGCCUAUCAUCGAUGAAGAUGCAAUACGUAAAACUAAAGGAGAUGUGUUGCUCAAAGUACGGAAGAAGUUAGAAGGCCAAGAGUUUUGGAUUUCUGCCGAGUAUGGGGGGAAAGUAAAGAUUUUAAACAGAUCUCCGCGGCCUAGGCGUUACAUCUCUAUAACACAGGUUCUGGAGAAUCUCCCAAGAUUUGUAAAAAUUGGCGGUGACAUGCAAUCCUGUAUUAAAGGGCUAAGUCCGGGUUCAGGCAAACUUGUAUUGGACAAUACAAUACUCGAACUACAGGGCGUAAUACAAAGUGAAUAUACCUCGUACAGGUAUUUAAAAGGUAAAGUUGGAGAUUGUGUGUUCUAUUUUCGAGACGACCAGGUUGCUAAUAUGGUGGAAGUUGAUGACCCUGGGUAUUACACCCUCCUGGAUCUGAAGCAAAAAAGCAUUUCAUUACCGCAACACAUCAUGUUUGAGACAAUGCUCCCGAGCGACAUUGUCUUAAAAGACGAUGAGAAAAAACGCGAAGCGUACGCAUUGUUUCAUGGACCAUUAGAAUUGCUGCUCUUUAUCCGCACAUCGCAGAUAAUAGCAUGGAAGAAGAUAGGGCUAAAUGAUAAUGCUAGCAACUAUCUAGCGAUGAUUCCAAAAUCGUUUUGCGACAGUCUUGAAGUCAGCAUCAAUGAAAUCGCACGUGAAAAAGAUAGAAACGAAUAUCUUGAUGCUAACUUUACCGAUUAUCAAGAAAAUGAGUGGAUAAGGCAGAGUUUAUUCGUGAUUCCCACAAAGCGUGACAAAGCAUGGACUCUUACAUGGCUGAAACGACCAAGUGACUACCUAUCUCUUUCAGAUGGUGAUAUAAUGGUGGACCCAUAUUCAGCAUCACCAAAAAAUGCAAACGACUACAGAAGCAGCGCCGUUACAUCAAACCCGGUACAAACUUCAGUCCGCCCUGAGCGUCAAAUUCCCAAACCUGCUGUGAAACCUCCAACAUUUCCAAAGGAAGCAGGAUGGGUUGAAAAAUGUACCGCAAAGGCAAGACUGGGCUUCGAUAAAAUCCAUAAAGAAAUGCUUUAUGCUUUGGGAGGCACGAAAAAACGAAUGACCCAUGUCUUUAGAAAAAGAUUAGAUACGGACCAUAUCACCGACACAGAUGCAGAUUGGUGUGGUAAGUCGAUUUCCCAACAGCCCUGUACAACGCCAUCCAAGGGAAACGUUCCGAAUUCUCCACAACGAAGGCAUUUACCUCCAGAACGACCACUUCCGCUUACACCAACAGAACAGGCAAAUAAUACGCAUACUGGGUUCGAAGUGGACGAAGACUCAAAACCACCAUAUGGGUUAAUACACACAGCUGGCAAUUGGCAACUCAAAGAAAACUUUUACAGUUUUACUGCCUUCGAGGUACACGAGUGUAUGAAGCAAUGUUUUCCAGACAACCCGAAAGUGGCUGAAAUGUGCUUGCAAGAGAAAUUGGACGGUCAUUUCUUUCGGGAUUGUUGUCUGGGGAAAUUUUGUCAAGCGGUUGGUCUUGGAGAUCUUCAGGAAAUGAAACUGACACAAAUAGUGCAACAAGGAUGGAGACCCAAAUUUUGAAAUGGAUACGAAUGUGAUGUUAAAAUGAAUGUUAUCAUUCAGAUUAAUUUCAAAUUAUUUCAUAAAAAUAACUGUUAAUAAAAAACAGUGUAAUAAUAACAACGAAGAAAUAUAAGUGACUGCUUUUGUUUGUUUUUGCUAUUAUUUGUUGACUGAAAUGUUAAGUGUCAAUUAUUUGAAGAUCGUUUAUACUUUAAUUUUAAUCGUAUGUUUGUUUGAUCGUUUAUUAUAAAAUAGCCGCAAUAUUAUUAUCCCUGCAUUUAUUCUGCAUUUGAAUGCAUAUGAAAUUUACUUGUUCAUGGUCAGGUUUCUUAUCUAACCUCUCCCCUCAAAACACGGUUAAAAUCCAUCGUUUUAAACCGCCAAAUAUUUUGUUAAAACAAUCGCCAAAUGUCAUGUUUUUAGUUUACUUUUAAAAUUUAUUUCAACAAAAAAUAUAAUUAUUAACAUUAUAUAUUUAUCACAUCCUAUAUCUUGAGUGCAAUUCUGUUAGUUUCUUUAAAAUUAUAUAGUUAAAAACAAAAGAAUAUGAGCUUUUAAUGUUUUUAAAUCAGAAGUUUGACUGCAGUAGUUCAGUUUUGCUGCUAUUGACAAAGGUUCAUUUCAGUGAAAAUAUCUCACUUUCUCACUUUAUGUAGAUCGCUUUCGCAUAUAUAGCAUAGUGCCAAAACUUAUCAUUAACAAGUGUAACGUUUAAUUAAUUCCCAUAAUAUUUCUAUGAUAGUGCCAUUCGCUACUUAUAUAUAUAUAAUGGCAUUCUCUAAACUGAAGACCGUACAAAUUAGGCUGAAUCAUUAUUGUGUGGCCUCAGUUGACUUCGGUUUCUCAAUAACGAAUGCUAAAUGAGAGGAUAAAGUGAUUGAUGGGGAACGGACUUGAAAAUGUAAACUGGUAUACUGAUAUGACAGACACGUUGUAAUUACUUGAUGAUUAAUAUAUUCUCUUGAUUUAAUGAAGGAUAAGUCAAUUUUACUCUAUGGUUUUUAUGUGUUAAAUAUCAGUGUUUAUGUCUUUUGUCUUCUAUGUAUCCAUUUUCAUCUGUGAAGAGUUCCGUCCCUUGACGUGUUUGUGUCAUGACAUACAUGUCAUACAUGUUUGUCCAGAGUGAAAGAGAGGCAUUCAAUCAACAAUAUUUGUAUUGUUCAAAAUUUUAAAACCAGUGUUAGAGUUUGAAAAUACUAAACAUACUGCCCUUUUCCUUUGGAUUGCCUAAAGGCAAACUUCAUUUUCUUAUAUAUAGUUCAAGAUUUUUUUGAAUUAUUACUCUACAUUCGUCCAAACUGGUGAUUUUGAAAGUAUUGUAUUGGCAUUUCUUCUGCAAUGCCAAUUAUAUUUUUAUUUCAUGAAUAAAUGUUUUCGAGUAUUUUGAAAUAUAAUGUUUGUGGUCGGAAUGUUCUGGUAUGUUCUAUUUCUAUGUUAUGUUAUAUAUAACGUCAAUAUAAAUCACAAAUAACAAAUGUCUUAAACAUUCAA